AUGUACAAUGAUAUUUCUCAAAACACUGAAGCGAGAUUGCGAGUCUUGCAAGCAUACUCAUUGUUUCUGGCACAUUUUGGCUUGGAACUAAUCGACAACUCAAGCGGAGAAGUUUCUCGUGUCAUGAAGUCCCUUGGUGAAUUGGGAUACGAAAAUCUGAAGCCAGGGUUGGUGAGAUUUUUCAUUGUGCAAUUCCUUGGAAAGCUUGAGGAAGAGAGGCCAAAUCGAGCUGCCAUCCAGGCUCUCCAUGAUUACUGGAUUCCAUUGCUCCGAGAUAAACAAGAAAGGCAUGCUUGUUGGGAGGAAUUCAAGUGCCUUUACUCCAGACAAAAGGUAUUAUUGGAUCAUAUAGACACAGCAGAUUGGUAA